AUGACCUGCACAGUGAAGUUGUGUGCUAGGGAGUUCCCCAUUCUAUCUAUCUAUCUAUCUAUCUAUCUAUCUAUCUAUCUAUCUCCCAUUCUAUAUGUUUUUUUUACAAAUAUACUUUCAUUCCUUUUUCCUUUCUUUCUUUCUUUCUUUCUUUCUUUCUUUCUUUCUGUACAAAGAUGCUUUUUUACAAAUAAGCUUUCAUUAUUUCUUUCUUUAUUCCUGUACAAAUAUGUUUUUUUUACAAAUAAGCUUUCAUUCUUCCUUUCUUUCUUUUUCUUUCUUUACAAAUAUGCAUGUUUAACAAAUACGCUUUCAUUCUUUCUUUCUUCCUUCCUUUACAAAUAUGCUGUUUUUUUACAAAUACGUUUCCAUUCAUUCAUUAUUUCUUUCUUUCUUUACAAAUAUGCUUUCUUUACAAAUAUGCUUUUUUAUACGCUUUCAUUCAUUCUUUCUUUCUUUACAAAUAUGGUUUGUUUUACAAAUACGCUUUCAUUCAUUCUUUCUUCCUUUACAAAUAUGCUUUUUUUACAAAUACGCUUUCAUUCAUUCAUUCAUCCAUUCAUUCAUUCAUUCAUUCAUUCUUUCUUUCUUUCUUUACAGAUAUGCUUUCUUUAUAAAUGCGCUCUCUUUCUUUCUUUACAAAUAUGCUAUUUUUUACGAAGAUGCUUUCAUUCAUUCUUUCUUUUUUUACAAAUAUGCUUUUUUAAAAUACGCUUUCUUUCUUUCUUUCUUUCUUUCUUUCUUUCUUUCUUUCUUUCUUUCUUUCUUUACAAAUAUGAUUUCUUUAUUUUUUCGCAAACACGCUUUCACAUUUCUUUCUCUCAGCCUUUUACUAUCUAUCUAUCUAUCUAUCUAUCUAUCUAUCUAUCUAUCUAUCUAUCUAUCUACAGCCUAGAGGAUCUAUCUAUCUAUCUAUCUAUCUAUCUAUCUAUCUAUCUAUCGCUUUCUUUCUUUUAUUUAUUGGGCGGUGGGGUUGCUUUUUUUCUCACUAUGAUUUCUUCUCUGACGCCCCUGCGUUUUUCUCCAUUUCUUUUCAACUAUCCUUUUAUCGUCUUGACGAUUUCUCCACGACCACCACGGGAAUCACGCUCUCAUUACGGAUCUAUUUAUCUUCAUAGCUUUCUGUAUCUCCUUCCUCCUCUUCUUCUUCUUCUUCUCCUACCCCUUCCACCCUCCUUCUUCUUUUCCUCUCUCUUUUUCUUCUUCUCCUUCUUGUCUUUUCAUUAA